GGACACGAGCAGAAAGGAAGUACGGCGUCUCGUGUCAAGAGCCCCCAGCCUUCUUCAGGUAUUCAGGGCCUGUUUACUUCGCACGUGGACUCAAACAAUCUAACAAAGCUCGUGAUUGAAGCUAAAGCCCCGCCGGGUUUUAAAAGAACCACGUGUUUGUUUCCGAAAGCCGAACCGCAACGUUCUGACCGAACCUGCCCGGGCCCAGCCGGUCCUCAGGAGCAUCAUGGCCGUCAGAACCUCCUUCGAGAAGAACAACGAGGUGGGCUGCUUCGCCAAACUCACCAACACCUACUGCUUGGUGGCCAUCGGCGGAUCAGAAAACUUCUACAGCGUGUUCGAAGGGGAGUUGUCAGAAACCAUCCCGGUGGUUCACGCCUCCAUCGCCGGCUGUCGCAUCAUCGGCAGGUUGUGUGUCGGUAACCGCCACGGGCUCCUGGUUCCCAACAACACGACUGAUCAGGAGCUGCAGCACAUCAGGAACUCUCUGCCGGACCCGGUCCAGAUCCAGAGGGUGGAGGAGAGGCUCUCCGCUCUGGGGAACGUCAUCGCCUGCAACGACUACGUGGCUCUGGUUCACCCGGACCUGGACAGGGAGACGGAGGAGAUCCUGGCAGACACGCUGAAGGUGGAGGUGUUCCGUCAGACGGUGGCCGAGCAGGUUCUCGUCGGUUCUUACUCCACGUUCAGCAACCAGGGAGGCCUGGUCCACCCGAAGACGUCCAUCGAAGACCAGGACGAGCUGUCGUCCCUCCUGCAGGUCCCCCUGGUGGCCGGCACCGUGAACCGGGGCAGCGAGGUGAUCGCGGCGGGGAUGGUGGUGAACGACUGGUGCGCGUUCUGCGGCCUGGACACGACCAGCACCGAGCUGUCGGUCAUCGAGAGCGUGUUCAAACUCGGCGACUCGGCGCAGCCCUCCGCCAUCGCCACCAGCAUGAGGGACUCGCUGAUCGACAGCAUGGCGUAACGCCGCCGCCAGUUUCCUGCCGGGAGGCGCUGAAGCUGCAGGACUCCUUUCCAGCAUCGAACCUGCAGCCGAGCUCCAUUUCUUCAGUGUCGACCUCGUCCUCCUGAGCAGAGCCCGUUCACCUUCACGUGGUCCGUAGCUUUUUGAAUCUUUCAGGAACACAUCGCCCCGGUGAAAACCCAUCAGCUGACGUGUUUGGACGCGUGUGUCCAUGAGAAUAAAACCUUUUGAUGUCUCAGCCGGUGCGCUGCAGUGCAGAAAUAAAACGCUGCUCGCCUGUAAGGCUUCCAGCAGCAUGCUGUGCCUGAAGGUUCUGCAGAGACCGGUUCUGUGUCGUUGGACUGUAAAGUAACGGGACAUGGAUGUUUCUAAAUUUG